CGGUGCAACACGAUAAUCGGUCUCCUACAAACAUUUUUUUACCAUUGAGUUCCGCAUUGCACACUGUGGACAGUAAAUUGUUAAUCGAUAGACUCCGGCAAGAACAACGCGCAAUAGUAGGCAGCAUCGCAGAUAUUAAUAUACACAACCUUAUUCAUAUACCUAAAGAACCACACCUUUAUUGGUCUCUUAUUUUGACGAUGUCUUCAUCGAGAGUAUAAUGGAGAACGAGGAAGAGUCGCCCUUUCGAAUCAUCUCCACUGUCCGAGCAUUGAACUCGGCAUUACGGGUGAAGCUCCGAGAUGAAACCGAGACUACGCGUUCUUGUGGCGGAGACAGGGUCCUGAAUGAGCCAGAGAAGCUCUGGUUCAAAGAAAGCAGUGCGAAAAAUCUCCGAAACCGAGACUUCCUUUCGCCAAACACGGUUUUAACUGCUAUGUAUGAAGGUGGACAGGUGCCCCCAGCAGUGCUGAAUAAUGUGUCGUCGGCACAUGGAAGUGGUGUGUUGCCACUCAGUGGAGCUGAGGUAGUGGCAGAAGGUCUGCGUGUGUGUGUGGACCACCCUGCUGCUUUCCGGAGAGUUCUGAGCCGAGCGGCCGAGUACCUUCGCCCGUCAGCGUCCCAGAGGGAAGGGUGUGUGCUGCUCAACUGUCCUGCACUGCACACCAGAGACACACACAUCACCUCACAGACACUUACUCUGGGACAGCUACGCACAGUUCUCAUUGCAGACCAUCUGGGCGUUCUUCUGAGAAGACAUGGGUACUCUGUUUUGUACUGCCCGGCUCUGCCAGAAGACAGUGACAUCAUCAACUUCCUCAAGGCACUGGGUGUUGAUUGGCCAACUGUGGCCGGCAGUUGGAGCAAUGAGGAGAGAGAGCAAAGAGUGCUUGAGGAGCUGCGCUGCUCUCCCCACCGAGAGAAGGAGUGUGAGAAAGAAAAGAGAAGAAGCAGAGGAGAAGAGAUGGAGAGAGGGAAGCACAGGGGGGAAGAGGAGGUGAAGAUUAACCUGAAAGAGGUGGUCCAGGAGCAGGGCCUUGUGGGAUACGACCCCAGUCUGGGCACCUGCACAGUCCAAAGGGAGGCGAUAGCCCACCUGGCCCAGUUGGACAGAGUAGCCGCAGGAGCUGACGGUUCGGUCGCCAUGACUGUCCUGCAUGUCACUUCCUGUCAGGAUGAGUUCCGUCAGCAGCAGACAGCUAUGCUCUGGAGAGCGUCUGGAGCCACGGCAACACAGAGACUAGUGGUGUGUGGGCCAGUGAAGACCCCAGGAGUGCAACUCAGUGCUGCCCAGUAUUUACAAGUGAGGAGAUCCCAGAUGAAGGAGGCAUCUGAAAUGAAAUAUGGAGACCAGGUUGGAGGAAAGACAUGGGAUGACAUCAUCAGGGUCAUGACCUCCGCGACGGUCAGAUUUGAGUUGUUGUCAACUGUUCACACUAGUCCAGUGACUCUGGAUGUGCAGAGAGAGGGGGGCGUGUCCACCAAGGGCCCAAGGGGCGGGGUCUUUGUGAUGUAUAACUGUGCACGCCUACACACCCUCUUCAGCAGUUACGAGAAAGGAGUGCAGGAAGGAAUUUACCCAGAAAUCCCUGAGAGCUCAGAGCUGGACUUCUCCUCCUUGAAAGAAGAGGGGGAGUGGCUCCUUCUCUUCAAUUACCUCAUUCCGUAUUCAGAACUUCUGGACCAAUCAGGGAGAACACUGGAAGUAGAAGGAGGAGGGGUCAGAGUUAACCUUAAGACUGAACAAGUUUGUAAGUUUCUGGUGUCUCUGAGUAAAGACUUCAGCUCCUACUACAACAGGGUUCAUGUGCUUGGGGAGCCAUUGCCUCAUCUCUUCAAUCAGAUGUUUUGUCGGCUGCUGUUGCUGAGUGCUCUGAGAGAGCUCUACCACAGUGCGCUGGACGCCCUCAACCUGCCCCCCAUCCCACAGCUAUAGCCCCAACCCAUCCCACCAGAGACACUCACACACUCACACACACACACACACAGACACACAGACACACACAGACACACACACACAGACACACACACACACUCACACACACACACUCCAACCCCAUGACCCUGUGACCCCUGCCACCCCUGGAGCCCAGUCGCCAUGCCACGUUUGCCCCAGCAGCAGACACCCCCCCCCCCCCCCCCCACCGCUGCUGCCCCCCGUCCCUUGCCCUCAAAGAUGCCCAGUCACCUCAGAGACCCCGCCGUGCUGUAGCUGAGUGUCCGUCUCCAGGCUGAGUCCACCGUCGUCCCCCUCAGUUCCAUCCUGCAGCUCAGAGACCCCGCCAGGCUGUAGCUGAGUGUCCGUCUCCAGGCUGAGUCCACCGUCGUCCCCCUCAGUUCCACUCCCCUCCCACAGCCUCCACGUCUUCACCUCCAGCUUAGUGUUGUCAGUGACCACAGCAACCAUUCCCUGACUCGUCUAGCUCUAAAUGACCCGCACCCCAACAUGCUUUGGUCCUCUUGCUCUCACACUAUUUAUUAUUAAGUAAUACUGCCCCUUGUUCUGUGACCACUGCCCCCAGUGUCCUAAAUGUUGCCAUUGUUUUCGUUGGUGCAUUACCUUCACUGCCCGUCUGCUUUUCACAUUUGCCAUGUUUUGGUGUCUGUCAGCAGUAAUUUUUGCCCCCAUUUAAUAUUCUCUGUUACCUCUCUGUCUUUAACAGUUGACUCUUUAACAGUUUUGUGUCCCUUGUGAUCCACUCUGACCCCUACUGUUUCCCUCACAAAUCCAUGCCUAUCCCAUAAGCCCAGUUCACAGCCCACAGCCCAGUCUCCUACUACCAGUCAUCUGUGUGGUCAGUCCUCAGCACCACCGUAGCAUGUGUCCUGCUCUCAUGAGCAGCACUCCAUCCUAGACCCCUACCCUUGACCUUUGACUGCUAUUGGUGUGUCCCACAAAGCAGUAAAUUCUCUGUAGUCCUCACCAGAUUCCCUCCAGCACCACCGAUGUCUUAGCUCUAGGUAGACGACUCCCGCCAGCACCACCGAUGUCUUAGCUCUAGGUAGACGACUCCCGCCAGCACCACCGAUGUCUUAGCUCUAGGUAGACUCCCUCCAGCACCAUAGAUGUCCCCCCACCACUGGCCAUGUGUCUUGCUGGUCCUCCAUGACCCUCCAUGAUGAUUCUGCUGUGCCAUAGCACCCAGCACACACCCUCUGUGCAACUCCGUGCCAUGAAGGCUGUCGUGACAGCUCAGAGAGACCUGUGCCAUAAACUAGACUGUUCUCUGUGUGUGUGUGUGUGGGUAAGAGUGUGUGUGUGUGAGAGCAGAGCACGCAUCUCUCAUGAUGUCCUUAUAUGUGUUUUAACAGAAUUUUAACGUGUUUGACCACCCACAUAAAUCUGACCAAUAAACCAGUGACCACAGUAAUGCAUUACAA